UAAAAUACAAGAAAAAGAAACCAGAGGACCAACAGAAACCAGCAGGGAACACAGGGUUCUCCAAUUCAUGUGAAUUAUAUUGCCAUAAUAAAAAAGAAAGGUUCUGGCCCGCAAGACACAUUCUGCACACAGAAGUGGAGUCUGGCUGAGAACAAGAAGCAGGAUUCCCUGGGAUCCAGUGGUCCUGGCAUCCUAAUGGCACAAAUUUCGGAGUACAGGGAAGACUGGUUUCAGAAGUUGUUGAAAGGUUUCCUACAGCCUGAAAUGAUGGAGAACCUCAUAUAAAGGACACCCCAAUUUUACACCCAAGGAAUAUUGCUUAAUAGGUAUUAAUCUGAAGUAAUAUAUUGUAUGGUAAAGCAUUUAACAGACAGCCAACCUUCUAACACUCAGAGAGCAUUUAGUUUUUGUCCAAUCAAAGCCACCUAAUGUUACUGCACAUGCUACAAUGGAAACUGUAAGACAAAUGCAAAGUUUUGGUAUCUGUGUUACCUAUACGUAUCCUAUAGCAUCUGGUAUGGUAUUUGCCACUCUUCUAGUGUGUUGCUGCUCAUCUCUGAACAUAAGAGCUCGUCCAGUUGUUCAGAAUUCACCCUUCCUUUCUAUCUGGAAUGCUCCUACAGAGCUUUGUACUGAAAGGACUGGAGUACAGCUGGACAUGAAUAUUUUUUCCUUCAUUGGAAGCACACUGAAGACAUCCACUGGGCAAAACAUCACUCUUUUCUAUCCAGACAGGCUUGGCUACUAUCCUUACAAAAAUGAAAUCACAGGAGAGGCAUUAAAUGGAGGACUCCCUCAACUCUCACUGCUGGAAAAUCAUUUAAAGAAAGCCAAAGAGGACAUCCAGUUCUAUAUUCCUUCAGAUGAACAAUUUGGAUUGGCUGUCAUUGACUGGGAAAACUGGAGACCUGUAUGGAUAAGAAACUGGGGAUCAAAAGACAUUUAUAGGCAGGAAUCCAUUGAACUGGUUCAGCAGAGAGACCUCAGUCUAUCAGAAGCAGAAGCCAGGAUUAUAGCCAAAAUGGAAUUUGAAGCUGCAGCAAAAUCAAUUAUGUUGGAGUCUUUAAAGCUGGGCAUAGAAAUGAAGCCAAAUCGUCUGUGGGGAUAUUACCUUUAUCCAGACUGUUAUAACUAUGAUUACAAACAAAACCCAUAUAAUUACACAGGGACCUGUUUAGAUAUUGAAAUAGAAAGAAAUAAUGAGCUUAAUUGGUUGUGGGAGAAAAGCACAGCACUUUAUCCAUCUAUCUAUCUAGAGACAGCCUUAAGAUCUUCCAGAAAUGCCCAGCUCUUUGUUCGCAACAGAGUUCAAGAAGCCAUUAGAAUUUCUUAUGUCUCUAAUGCUACUCAUCCUCUUCCAGUUUUUGUAUAUACACGUCCAGUGUUCACAGAUGUCUAUGAGGAAUAUCUCUCCCAGGAUGACCUGGUAAAUACCAUCGGAGAAUCUGCUGCACUGGGUGCUUCUGGAAUUGUGAUCUGGGGUGAUAUGAAUUUAACACAAAAUAAGAACACCUGCAGAACUCUGGACAACUACCUUAGGAGGACCUUGACCCCAUACCUCAUCAAUGUCACAAUGGCAGCCAGAAUUUGUAGCCAGGUGUUAUGCCGAGACUCUGGCGCUUGUGUACGAAAAAAAGGGAAUUCCAGUGACUAUCUUCACUUAAACCCUGAGAAUAUUGUCAUUCAAAUGACAAAGGAUGGAAAAUACACUCUACAAGGGCAGCCAGCAUUUCAGGAUCUGCAAAUGUUCAUAGAAAAAUUUGAUUGCCACUGUUAUGCAGGGCAGAGUUGUGAACCCAGAGCUGAUAUAAAUGACAUCCAUUACCUCCAUGUUUGCAUUUCAGAAGAUAUUUGCAUUCAGAUAUCCUCAAAUGCACUUUCUAAUAUAGAAGACUCUGAAGAAAAGAUCCUGUCUAAUAGAACUGUAUUUUCGUUACUCUCUCAGAGUAAGGUGACAUUAUCUGCACAUCCUGAAAUAGAAGAUUUCCAAUCUACCUUUGGAAAUAAUAUACUCAAUAUAACAAUUCCAAAACAUAGCACUGUCACAGCUGUGACUAGAUAUGAUUUAGAAGCAAAUGAUACCCGUACUUCCAGUAGCUCUUCAUCCUUUAAGAUAACCAUGUUUAAUCUGUUGAGUUUAAUUCUAAUUUUGAGAACAUUAAUACAAAUGACCUAUGAAAGUGAGAAUAUUCUUUUCUCUGGCUGUGUUUGAAAUUCUGUAUGCUUUAUUUACAAAGAAAAACCAUUCCUGAAAGGCAUAUGGUCUUAUCUGUAUCAGGUAACCUUCUCUAUUCCAUAGGUGACACUUCAGCUUGAAUGUAUUUCUUUAGUUUAGUUCUAUAAACUACUAUUUGUGCCAAAGGUAUACUGAUCUGUAAAUAUGGAUUACACCAAAGGACAAUACAGAAUAAGGAGCUUUUUUUUUUUACAGUUUACAUUUUUAACAGUUAUCUUGAAAAAGAAAUAAUUGUUGAUAAUGCCAUUUUGUAUACUUCAAGUUAAGCAGUUAAAUACAUCUUAAUCUGGAUCUCAUUGAGUCUCAGGAAUCAAUAGAUUUGAUGCUCUAUGAAGGAAUUAAUUUUAUUCCAUAUGAAAAUUAGCUCUGAAAAAUAUUUGACUUAACUUUAGAUCUGUGGGACUUUGCAGCAUAGAAUUUAUCUGAUUAAUGUAACAUUUCUCCACUUUUCACAAUACCUACAGGGACACUGUGGUUUUUCUUUUAAUUAAAUACAUUUGUAACUCUUCUAAAGGUUCUGACUUUAAUGUAAUUAUUCACUUCAAAUAUCACAGCUUCAUUAUUCAGAAUAAGAGCUGUAACAGUUUAUCCUUCUUUCUUUCCUCUUCUCCCAAGCCCUCCCCUCCUUAUCUCAGAUGCCCCAUCCUUGGCUUUCACUUGUUUUACCUGGCCAAGACAACUCAUCUGAUCUGCCUUUGCAUUUCCUAUGGGCAAUGGUCACCAGCCGUAGUUUCUCUAUCCAGCCAGUCCUAGCAAUGGGAUAGAGCUGUCUAUGCCAUUUGGACAAAAGCAUGUGAGCACAGAACUUUCCUGAGCAGUUUCUUUGGUGGAAACCAGUUUGUUCCUCAGGAAAACCCAUCAGUGGAGACCGUAAGAUGAGUGACACUGAGGGUCUGGGACUCCCUUUCUUCACCGCUAAUGCCUGUGAUUCCUAACCUCAGGACAAACUUUUUGAUGCAGUCUGCUGACAGCUCAAAGGCUAUUUAUGUAAUGUUAUUCCAUUGCCAGAAGCAGUGUGAAAGUAGUAGAGAUACCUCAGAACAAAACUAUUCCCAGUAUCAUAUCAGGAGUCUAUGAUGUAUGUAUAGCAUUUAGAAGCAAUUAACAGUUUAAGCAUUUAGAAGCAAUUAACUGCAGUUUAUUUGAUAAAAUAACCUUUCCAAAUUAUUGUGUCAGAUACUUAAUAGGCUGCUGGACUUCUGAUGGGUGAAGAGUGGCUGCUGGCAUGGAUACAUUAAAAAGUCUCCCCAGAGCUAGGCAUGAUCCUCAUAAAUAAAUCACCACCUUGCACAGAUGCAACCUGCCUCACUAAUGGAAAUGUCUAGGGUUUCAAUAUAUAGUAGCCCUUUAUUUAUGAAAAGUUCAUGCCUCAAUCUAGCAAAAAACACAUAUUCAUUGCCUUCGAAUUUUCAGGUUGUCAGUCAUAACAGACAUGCGGAAAAAUAGAUGAAGUCUUUAGAUUUAACAUGGAGAAAUAAUGUUUUAUAGCUUUUGGCAGCAAGUUAUCAAGAGGGAGUGACAAUUUUGUCAUCACAGUUACGGUGUUGAGUCAAAGCUGUUUCUGCCAUUAAUAUUCCAAGUAGAAUCAUGGAUAAAAAAUACAUAUGUAGCAGACUGUCUGACACAAAAGAAAGCCAGUUGGUUGUGAUCACCUCUGUAAAAACAUAUUUAUUUUUCACUGCAACUUUGAUAUUGGUUAUUUGAUCUUGGGUAAACGAAAGCCGUGGUAUCAUAAUUACUGUACCUGAGGUCCCUCCCCUUUCACACUAUGGUUGUGAUAACUGGGUUAUCAAAGGGUUUCUAAAAAUUGGAAACAUAAAACAAAAAGCAGGAAUGACAAGUUGAAAUCACAGAAGAGUUGAGGCACAGCCAGGACCUCCCAGUGGAUGCAGAGGAAGUGAACUGCUGAAGUAAGGAGGGAAAGAGCGAAGUAGUGGGGAAUGUGGACAGACCAGUCUCUUCCCACUCAACAGUUUUUAUCUACCUGGCAUUUAAUACAGUCAGCCUUUCCCUGAGGCCCACUGUAAAGGUAAAGGAACACAGUAACUGAUAUUGUUAGAUUACACCUAUCCAUCUGGUCCCAUCUCUUUAUUCUUGAGAGCAGAUAAGACCAGCAAAGGGAUAUGAAAGGAAAGCAGACUAUUGCAAUAAAAUGUCCAUAGAAAUGUGUCUUAUGCUCCAAUGCAUGGUCCUUUACUAACCACCUUUUGAAUGCUCAUUUGGUAUAUUUAUGUUACCUACAUGUAUCUGCAAUUCAUGCUUUAAGUCCUACAAACUUCUUGCCAUAGUGAGAAUCAGGCUGGCUACGUGUAAAAUUACAGUAUUUUCCAAAUAUAUUAUUUUCUUCUGUAUUAUAUUUAUCUUGCCUAUAUUCUAUGCUAGAGUUACAUGGAGUCAGAGAGCCUCCAUGGAGUCAGGAAGAACAAAAAGGGGUGCUAUGCCUCGUAUUACUGGUGAAUAUGUUACAUUCAAAGCCAAUCUUAUAUUCUCCCGAAGCAGAAUCUACCGCCUCCAAAUAUUCCCCUUCCAUUCACUGCACCUCCUGUAAUCAUUAGUUGUCUCUGUAGCCCUGUAGUUUCAGUUUCUUAUGUUGUGUCUUUCAAAAGAUUAAACACUAAUGAAACAUUCA